CAGAACAGGAAAACCAUGGAGAAUAAUGCUCGAGUUAUCAAGGGUUUUAUUCUUUCGAUUCCAGAAUCUGUGUCCCGGCUCUGGCAUAGAGCACGACAACUAGAAUCACAGCAGCUACCACCUCCCACCAUGAACCAAGGAGAGGCUGAGCAGGAAAUGGAAUGGCAAAAGGUGCUUAUAAGCUUCUGCUUCACAUCAGGACUUCAAAUAGCCCUUCAUUUUCACCAAAUUACUGAUUCCAAACUCGAUUCCUUGCAUUUAGUCUGUGUCCUUGUUGCAAUUAUCUUUUCUUGCCUCUUUGUUUCACAUUUUAUCAACCCCGCCAAGUUUCCGAGGACAUCCAAAGUGUUGGGUAAAGUUUCAGUUUUCCUGGCAGCCACCGUGUUUUUCAUCACCAUUUCAAUCCCAUUCCCCCCUGGUGUCAAGUGGGCUACUUGGAUAAUCUAUACCAUUUCGUUGCUUGUUAUUGCCAUGUGCAAUUUCUGCUACUAGACACGAACUUUACUGGGCAUACAUUUUUUCUGUCAGUGUUUGUAUUUGUUCUUCAUAAUAAGGCUUGCAUUUUAAAAACGAACAUGUUGUUUCGUUGCUGCGUGUCGGUAUUUUACUUAAACAUCAUAUAUCAAAAAGUUGAACACCAGAUUCCUGGUUUUCCCCCUCCUAUGUA